GAGGGACUUCCCCUCUCUAUGGAGUUUUGGCCCACGCAUAUAAAAAGAUAUUUCCUGUCUCCUCUUGGUACUCUCCUCUUUUUCAUUUUCUUCCUCAAGUCACUCACCUCCACAGAUCAGCCCCUCCCUCUCUCCCGCUCCUCGCCCUCUCCACAGUGUCACUCCCCUCUCCCUCCGCUCACUCGUUGCAGUGAUGAACCAGCUGCUUGGACUCCACUUCUCCUCCUCCUCCUCCCCUUCUCCGUCCUCCUCCACGUCUCCUCAGCGGGUGUCCAGCAGUGAUGUCGGGGAGUCUGUAGCAGCAUCGGGGUGAAGGACAGAGCAGAGGACCGCUCGGGCUGUAAACCAGGUGGAAAGUUGCUGAGAGAACUGGAUGUGAAGGGGAAGCACCAAGGUCAUGAUCGACUGGCCCAAUGUGACAGCGUCCAGCCAACAGGAGCUGGGCCUGAAACCUGAGGAGCUGCAGAAGUCCAAAUGUGUCCUGGGCUUCAUCCCUGUCAUCUACUACAGUAUCCUGCUUUGUGUGGGAGUGCCAGUCAACAUCCUCACAGCCGUGGCUUUAUCCAGGCUAGCAUCCCGCACUAAGAAAGCUCUGUACUACUACCUUUUGGCCGUGACUGCUUCAGACAUUCUCUCCCAACUCUUCAUCAUCUUUGUGGGCUUCCUGCUUGAGACGGCAGUUUUUCACCGAGACGUCCCCAUACUUCUGCUGCACUCCGUCAGCGCUGCAGAGUUUGCUGCAAACCACGCCUCCAUCUGGUCCACCGUGCCCCUCACCGUGGACCGGUAUGUGGCGCUGUGCCACCCCCUCCUCCACCGCCAGAUCAGCUACCCGGCCCGGGCCAGGAAGAUCAUUGGGGUGGUCCUCGGGUUAUCCCUCGUAUCGGGUGUGCCCUUUUUCUGGUGGUCGGACAUGUGGAGGAAUAGCAACCCCCCCACAGCCCUGGACACCGUCCUCAUAUGGACGCAUGUAACUAUAAUCUACUUCCUGCCCUGCAGCAUCUUCUUGUUGCUGAACUCUUUGAUAAUCCACAAAUUGAGGGUGAGGCAAAGGCAGCAGCCAUGCCAGGAGGAGGGCGGGUCAAAGAUUGCGUCUCCGCGGCUACUUGGAAAAACUACUGCCAUGCUGCUGGCCAUCACAUCUGUGUUCUCUGUGCUGUGGGCCCCCAGGACAGUAGUGGUCAUCUACCAUCUGUACGUGUCCUCAGUUCACCGAGACUGGCGCGUCCACCUGGCCUACGACCUGUCCAACAUGCUGGCCAUGCUCAACACAGCUGUCAACUUCUUCCUCUACUGCUUCGUCAGUAAGCCUUUCCGGGGAGCAGUGCGGGAUGUCUUGCUGCUCAGGGGGGGCCCACUUUAUCCUCGGAGGGCUCGGCCUCACCCGCUGGCCCACACCAAUGCCUCCAUCUCAUCUCUGUACAGUGGGAACAACAAGCGGUCACAGCGGGACUUCACCCCCUUGUCACCUCACAGAGCCAGAAAGCCCUCAUGACCCCCGUGCCCCCUUCUCUUGAUCCAAAACACCCAUCAUCCCACGGUCCCCGAGCACUUCU